AGAGAGAGAGAGAGAGAGAGAGAGAGAAACGGAACAGAAAACGGCACUUUUUAAUGCACGGUCUGAUCAUGCGCUGAUUUAAAUUCAAAUCUAGUGUAAUUAGCUUAGUUAUCAGUCACACAGUAACUUAACACAUAUACGUUUUUCUGUGUGUGUGUGUGUGUGUGUGUGUGUGUAUGAAAAAAACGAAGAGAAAGCAGGUGAGUCUGCCGGUCCAAUUUAUGAGCGGACAGAGCGGAUCACCGGAAAUCCUCUGAUGGUGCAAUUAUAUUGUGAUCACGUGACACAUUAUUUGCAAACUAACGAUGUGACAUUUGAACUAAUUUAGAACUAACCAAAACUAAUAUAGUACUAACCAAAACUAAUGUAAAACUAAUCACAACUAACGUAGAACUAACCACAAUUAACGUAGGCCUAUAACUAAUCACAAGUAAAGUAGAACUAACCAAAACUAAUUUAGAACUAGCCAAAACUAACGUACAACUAACCAAACUAACCAAAACUAACAUACAACUAACUACAAUUAAUUUAAGGUGUUCACAGCAAUAGAGGUGAAUACAACUGUUAGUUUCUAUUUGUAAAUGUAUCGAUUAGUGAAUCUCAAUCUAUAUAUUGAUUUCACUUUAAUAUUAUGGGCUAUUUUGUUUAGAUUCAUGACAGAAAAUCCCAGGUGUGUGUGUGUGUGUGUAAGAUAAAAAAAUAAGUCAACCUACACACUAUCUAUAUUGAAAAUUCAGUAUCAAGCCACCGAUUCCUAUUGCGCAUGUGCAAGAUUUGUUCGCGGCUGUGUCACCAUGGCAACGUUCACACGGACCGCCAAACGUAGCAACACAGACCUUGGAGAUUUCUACAGAUCUAAUGAUGAUAAGAAGAGAAACAUGAAAUCUGAUCAGACACGUGAUGCUAGACCAGGCGAUGAAGAUACACCCCAUAAUGUUUGGGACUCCUUAGAAUCAGACACUGAGAGCUUGGUGCAGGAAAAAGCUUACCAGAGAAAGCUUCAGAAGUGCAUAUUGAACGGUGUUGGUGAGAACAGUUCCUCUUAUAAUGACAAGUCUCAUAACAUCGAGAGAUCAGCGCAUGAAGAGGGCUGUGAUCCACAACCUGACAUCACUGAAACACAUGGAGGCCAAAACACUGACUCAUCAAGACGGAUGCCUCCUAGGGAUGAAUAUGCUGACUUGCGCUAUGAUCCAGACUGGAGAAAGAAGCUGGCAAGGUCUGAGUUUCUCCAAACGAACUUCUCCUUCGACUCCAACGGGGAUCCUGGAGUCACUCCGAGACACGCAGGACAUGUGUCCCCAAGGGAAAGACCUGAAUAUUUAAUAGUCCAUAGUCCUGUUACAUCUGAGAUGAACACUGUUCACCCCAAACCACUGCAGUCCUCCUUUCACCUCCAUCCACCAGAAGACCAAGACAGAGUGCUGUCAGUACUGCACAGCUCAUCUGCGUCCUUAGAGAGCAUGCCACAUUCAAAGUCAGAUAAAACCAUAAUGCCUAAGCACAGAAUUAACCACCAGCAAAGUGCUGCUAGAAUCUUUCCCUUUUCUUCUCCACGGCAGAAUCAAACCAUUGCUCAGGAACAAAAUAUUGACAAGCUUAACAUUGUAGCCAUGCAGAGGAGACACUCCGAAAACGUCAGACCAACCAAGCUGAGAGAGGACGUAGUGGAGCGCAAUAUAGCCACUCUGGGUAUGAACAGUCAUAAACAAGGGUCAUAUCUGAAAGCAUAUGAGCAAAGAGGAGGAAAACAAGAUGAUGCAAAUCAGUACUCCCUCUCUUUUUCUUCUUUCCAGCCCCUACAGUCGGCUGAGGACACUGCGAGCACUGACAGCCCAGGAAGCCCAGACAGUGCCCUCAACCCGGAGCUGAUGUGGAUACAAAAAACUCAAAAACUGAAGACCCACAACCAGAGUAAGCGCUUGGACAGAGCCAGGCCUCACAACCCCAGAACCAAACCCAGAGGUCACCUGAAUCAGCUAGUGGAGAAAAAGCAUUCGCAGACUCCCUCUGAAAAACAGACUCUCAGCUCACCUGACUCUGGCAGUGUCUCAGAUGGUUCUUUCUCAUCAGCUCCAUUGGUCAACCUUAACAUCAACCUCAACACCCCAGCCAAACUUGCUGAACCUUUUAUCCAUUCUGAGUCACAGAAGCAGCUCUACACACUUGUACUUCCUCCUUCACCACAGUGGAAGAUCAGGAAUGAUGAGUAUAACUCACGCUUCAAAGGGCCCAGUUAUAUUUUAUAUCUUCCUCUCCCUCCUGCUGGUACUGUGAACCAAGAGAGCAUACAAGUGACGAAUAAGAACAGCAUCAGAAUUUCUCCAACACCAUUUCAAGAAAGUUUUACCUCGAAUGCGCCUCAGCUAGUGGUGCAUCAUGGGGAGGAAAGUAGGGAUUCUGCUUAUACACGCCAAGCUUACAGUGGAGCCUAUCCAGUGCUUCCUCCAAUAGGCGGGUCUAACAACAGUGACACUGAGCUAUCCAGUGGCAGACCAGAGGAAGCUACAAAUACUAUGCACAGGAGCAGCUCAGAAGGGUACCUGGCACAGUUAGAGAAACAAAUACAGGCUAAAACAACUUAUAAGGCAUACACUCUGAAGGAAUAUAAGAGCUUGAAUCGGAAUGUAAAGCUGGGAGGUCUUGGUCCAUCCAACACUGUUGCUGAGGAUAUGGCUGAGAAAAUUAGACAACAGAAGCUGUAUUCAAAUGUGAUCCGUGAGCAGAACAAGAAGAUAAGUAGGAUUCCCUCUUUGCCGACCAAGAACCCAGUGGGCAGAGACAACAAGAACAACAUUCCCAGGAACAAGGCCCUGGAGUACGCCAAAACCAUCGCAAAACCGAAAGCACCUCAGCAACUAAAGGAGAGACCCAAAGACAAGACUGAGAGUGAGAGAGUGUUUGAGCACUCUGCUUAUCUCCAGUCAGGAGUCGAUCUCACCCAUAUGUCUACUUUAGAGAUGCUGAGGAAACGGCAUGAGCAGGAGAAACAGGUUGUGGCAGGCUUUACAAGCAUCCAAGGCAAGUCAUCUGCACCCUCCGUCAGCAGCCUUUAAAAAGGAAGCCCUUUGCACUAAACUGUAGAACUCAUAAGCAUAUAAGCAGUUUCUUCAAAUAAGUAUAUUUUAGUAAAAUGCAUGUUAUGUUGUCUGUUAUAUAUAUUUGUUUAUAAUAUCAAUAGAUUGUUAAUGUAUUGCAGUAUAUAUUGCCUAAUGUAUUGCGUUUUAUUUUUCUUACUCAUUUUCAUCUGUCACAAAAUAUAUCGUGUACAUUUGUGUGAUUUGAUUAAAUUAGAUUUUUACAUCCUUGGA